CUAGCGAUCAGACUCGCACCAGCACGUCAUUGUGACGUAAAAAGAAGUGGCCGGAAGGGACUCGAGUAGAUAACGACAGCAACGUGCUCUGAAGUACUAACGGUACGAGUGUGCCAGAGACCUAUGCUGAUGAUCAGAUAUUUAAAAGAUGGAAGAGCAGCCUGACGUGGGUAUUGAGUGUCCAGCUGAACAGCCAGUGGGAGAUGCUGCAGGAGAUGUAGAGGAAAACAUUGCUGCAGUGACAGCGAACCCAUCGUCGGCGCUGUCUGAGCCUGCGUGCAUAAAUGACUCAUCUUGUAAUCCGCUGGACGCUGUUACAGCUGGAAGCGAUGAGACAAAGAUGGACUCUGAGGGUCAGUCGUCCAUUACAGUCGACGCGUCAGCGGAGCGUCAUUUAAGCGAGAUGACUGGAGACCCAGAGUCGAUGACUGAUGGUCCCGGUGGCAUCGUGGAGAGCGAGCGAUCAGGCUCAGGGUACGGGGUCCAGCAUGAAGACAUGGACGUCAGUGUCUCAUGCAAAAUGGAGACGCUCAAUUUUACCAGCUCCCCGGGGCCUACAGAAGUGAAUGGGGACUGUGUGCGAUUGCCACUUACUAGUGGAGCCUUAUUGUUAUCAAGGGACCCUGGGGCAAAGCAGAGUGCCUCUGGGGACAGCGAUGAAAGUUCCACAUCUGAGGAUUCCUCAUCAGACAGUGAUUCAGAUUCUUCGUCAUCCUCAUCUUCCUCUUCCUCAUCCCUUGGAAUUCUUGAACAGCCAGAGGACGACGACGACUUUGUUGGUGUCAAUAAUGGAAAGAGACCUCUACCCAUUAAGACUCAAGACGAAAUCCUUAUUGAGAACUUGCCAACAGUUCAGGAUAUCGGGGUUAUUCUUCCAGAGGACACUGAGAUCCAGCCCAUUGGAGUCAUUUCCAGCAUCGUCGAGCAGUUAGUGAUAAUUGAAUCCCUGAAGGACACCCCGCCUCUUAAUGAUGACAGCGUCAUUUUUGACAAAGUGAGACGCUCCGUCGGAAAGGUGUUUGAAAUUUUCGGGCCCGUCUCCCGGCCCUACUACCUUCUCCGGUUCAAUUCCGCCGAUCACAUUUCGGAGAAAGAUCUGAACUUAAACGACACGAUGUACUUUGCUCCCUCUCUGAAGGAUUUCACCGAUUACAUUUUCACGGAACAGCUCAAGGUCUUUAAAGGUUCUGAUGCAUCCUGGAAGAACGACCAGGAACCUCCACCUGAGGCUUUGGAUUUCAGCGACGAUGAGGAGGAGAAGAUGGCUAAACAGAAGAAGAAGAAGAAGAACAUUCAGCAGAAGCCCCCCACGUCGGACCCAUGCGACGCCGAUGAGAGCCUGGGUCAAGCCUUGCAACACAGACAGCCCAGACCUGCUGGGGGGGGGUACCGCGGCAGGGGUGUGAACCCGCAUCCGGAGGGGGGGUUCCCCAGCUGGCGCUUGCCCCAGCGAGGCGCGGCGGCCCGCCCCUGCUUCUACCCUCCCGACGGCAGAAUGAUGGGCCCCCCCCCGGACUCCCACAAGCUGGCUGCCAUGGGCUUCCCCUGCCUGUUCCCGCCCCCUUUCCAGCCCCCGCCUCCAUACUUCCUGCCCUUCCCACCUCCGCCCCCUCCACACAUGCCCAUGCCGUGGCCUGGCCAAGAGAUGGGGCCGCCUCCUCCGCUGCAUGGCCUGCCGUUCCAGCACUUUCCACCACCCCCACCUCCGCCUCCGCCGCCCUCCUCAUAAUUGCCAUAAUCGUUCACCCUGGGCUCUAUUGAAACUCUAGAAAGGUAGUAAAACGCUGUAUUUUUCUAUUGUAGAUGGCUUCCUUUUUGUACUGACGUUUGUUUAAUUUGUAGCUAAAAUAUAUAAAAUUGUAUCCGUGGCUGGGAGCUAAUGGUGUAAUUAGACAUUUCUGGUCCACACAUUUCCGUACCAGAUUAUUGUUAAUUAAAACAUGAUAAUAAUAAUCAAGAAAAUGUUAUUAAAUAUAAGGUGAGAUAAAAAGACUAAUUGUGUUUAAUGCAGCAUAUUGUGUAAAAUAUAUUUCUGUAUGGAAAGUAAAAA